GCUUAAAAAUGAGAGAGGAGGAAGGGAGGAACCCAACUGCUUGAAAAUAAGGAAGAAAGAAGAAUCGUUUUGUCUCCGAUUAAAUAAAGACAGCAAAGGCAGUGUUCCCUAAUGUCAAAGAAUUUCCUGGGUCUGUAGUAGCAGCAGCCACCACCCAAGGAAAAUGACAAGCAAGAAGAUCAGCCUUCCAGCAAAAUUACUCAAUGGAGGUAUAGCUGGCCUUGUGGGGGUAACUUGUGUGUUCCCCAUUGAUUUGGCCAAAACCCGUCUCCAGAAUCAGCAAGGGCGAGCAGUCUACACAGGCAUGCAAGAUUGUUUGGUGAAGACAAUACGCUCAGAAGGGUUGUUUGGCAUUUAUAGAGGGGCUGCUGUAAACCUCACUCUUGUCACUCCUGAAAAGGCAAUCAAGUUGGCAGCCAAUGAUUUCUUCCGACAGUUGCUCUCCGUGGAAGGAAAAGAAUUGUCCUUGGCCAGGGAAAUGCUGGCUGGUUGCGGAGCUGGGACAUGCCAGGUGGUGGUUACUUCCCCGAUGGAAAUGUUGAAAAUUCAGCUUCAGGAUGCUGGACGGCUAGCUGUUCAUCAGCAGAAAGCCCUGGGGCUGGAGGAAACAACUGCUGCCUCUUCUCAUCUGGCCAAAGGACAGCCUUAUACCACUGGAACUAUGGCGGCCUCUAAACGCCCUUCUGCCACUAGGAUUGCAAGUGAACUGCUGCGCACCCAGGGCAUAGCAGGCCUGUAUAAAGGGCUUGGAGCCACCCUACUCAGGGAUGUCCCUUUUUCCAUCAUUUAUUUUCCACUCUUUGCCAACCUUAACAAGUUGGGACAAAAGACCUCUGAAGAAAAAGCAUCUUUCUUUCAUUCGUUUCUGUCUGGCUGUGUGGCAGGAUCUCUGGCUGCAGUUGCGGUAACACCAUUGGAUGUUCUAAAAACUCGCAUCCAAACUCUGCAGAAAGGACUGGGAGAAGAUACUUACAAUGGAAUCAUUGACUGUGCCAGGAAGAUCUGGAUUCAUGAGGGUCCUUCCGCUUUUAUGAAAGGAGCAGGAUGUCGUGCAUUGGUGAUAGCGCCCCUCUUUGGCAUCGCCCAAGGAGUCUAUUUCAUUGGCAUUGGGGAAUGGAUCAUGAGCUUUUUCCAAUAAUACCAUCUUGCAAUUGAAGAAGACUCUGGAUUAAAUUUGCACAAAUUCCAAACCAUCACUUGAAAAUCAACAGAACUGUCUUGCAAACACUUUUGUGGAUCAUAAACCACCAUCCAGGAAGGUGGCCUAGAAGGAAUAACCAAUCCCAGUGUUCCAUCAUUGCUUCUUUUUUAUUUAGCAGAUGACUUUCAGCAAACUAGAAUGUAGACAUUGUGCUUCUAAAUACACAUAUUCUGGGCAAACCUUCAUUGGAUUAAUUACAUCAGAUGGAGCAUUCUUUGAAAGAAUAUUUGAAAGCUAUAGUACCUGUAAAAACAACUGAAAUACAGGUAAUUUUAAACUUAAGACAGUAAUAGACCUGGCUAUUUACAGUUGCAAGUGGUGACAGCUGUUAAGUGAUAUGGCCUUGCUUAAUAACU